AUGUCUACAAAAAUUGCAAGUACAUCACCAAAUUUGUAUAUCACCUGCAAUAUUGCACGAGCCUGUGACAAAAUCCACGUCCUUCAUUCGAGAAAAUGCUUAAAAAACAUUGUUCAAGCUCAACCUCAACAAUUUUUUAAGCUUUCUAGAGAUGAUCAAAAUACAAGGCGGCCGAGACAAUUUUCGAGCAAAUUCCGAACCAUGGCUUCUUCUCCAUCAUCACCAUCACCUUCUUCUUCUUCUUCUAACCGAUCACCCUCUCUAUUGAAAAAAUGGUUAUUGGGAGUAUUACUAAGUGUGAUCCUACCAGCAGCGGGUCAUAAAGGGGGGUUUUUGUUAGGCCUUAAAGUGAAAAUCGACCAAGCGAUGGAGACGGUGGAGAAUGUGACGGAGAUUGUGGAGGAGAUAGCUGAGGAGGCGGAGAAGAUAGCUGAGGAAGUCGAGGAGAAGCUUCCGGAAGACUCUAAGUUGAAGGAGACACUCGAUUCAUUCGAGGAACUCACCAAAAUGGCUGCUAAAGAAGCCAGAAGAGCUCAAGACAUUGUUCACCAGUUACUCUUGAAUCUUGAUGCAAGGGUAAAAGAGGUGGAGGAAGAGAUAGAGGAAGCCCUCAUAAAAGCUCAUAAAGAUCAACCCCCAAAAUAGUCGGCAAAAACACUCAUAAACACCAUUAUAAAUCUACGGUUCGAAAAACAAUCACUCAAAUACCAUUUUGGACUUCUGCUUGAUAAAUUAGCACUUAAAUUAUCGAAGUGAACAUUCUUUUUUAUAUACUAUUUUCAUAUAUUCAGUAAGGGCUCGUUUGUUUUUUUAGAUGGGAUUAGACUAAAUUAAUACGUAGUGGGUGGAUUGUACUGUGUGGAUUAAAUUAAACUUGUGUUUGUUAUUUAUGAUUGUAAUUUGGAUAAGAUAAUUUUAUAAUUCCUAUAGCAUUUGUUUAUUGGGAUAAUUCAAAGGAUAAAACAUAAGAAGUCAAUUAUACCCCUUUAAAUAUUUUAAUAUUAAAGAAAAAGUCUUUCUCUCUCUCCGUGAAUUCACCCACCGACCCCUCUAAACCUCCAUUGCCCUCUUCCUCCCAAACUCUUGUGCGAGAAUCCUACCUUUUUUUUCUAAUUUUUUUUCUUUUUUCUUUUAUUUUCCUUUU